AUGGAUGAAAACAGGGACAAGAAGCUGGAUUUGUCUUCAUUAAGAAACAAGAUUUCUUCAAAAUUACAGGACAAUAACAAUAAAAAGACGAAGAAGGACGUGAAAAAUAAGAACUUAAAGGUCAUUGUUGAUGGAAAAAAAAUAGGUGAAGAUAUACGCCGUGAAGCGUUAGCAUUGGGUGCUAGCGAAGAAGAUCUAAAAUUAAUUCAAGGACUGAGUGACGAUGACGAUGACGAUAAGAGCGAACAGGAAUUCGAUGCCGUUGCUGAUGAGGGCGCAAAUGAUAAAGGAUUCAAGAAUGACCUUCAAAAUUUUAUGAGAGAUAUUGGAUUUGACAAGCACAAACUCGAAGAUGUGGAUGAUGGCAAUGAAAAUGUGGAAGGAGAAUCCACUACCUCCAAAGGAGCCAAAAGACCUGUACAGGAAAAGGACAAUGUAAAACAAAGUUUCGUAGCAACGAAACUAGAAAAGCUUACGCAAAAACCUGACAAUGACAGCAACAAAGAAGAAGAUGAGAAUGAAAAAGAGGCUAACCUUAGUUCAGACGAAUUGCCAGAAUCAACAGAAACCAAGAGGGAAGAAAAAAAAGAGAAAAAAGAUGGUGGUUUAAUCACGCAGACAACUAUUAUUUCAUCUGAUAAACUCAUUAUUCCUUACGAUAAACCAUGGUAUGAAAUUUCAUUGGAUCCUCAAGUUGGACAGAACGAUGAUGUUGAAGAAUUAUCCAAAGAACAAGUUGAGAAACUUUUUGAAAGAGGUAAACAAACCUUGGAAGUUGACAAUCAAACUUACUAUGAAGAGUUUACAAAAGACUCAUCCCAGGCAAAGUUCAUGUCCCAAAUUUUGUCCGACGGUACCCUCAAUGAUAAAAUAUCUGCCGUGACUUUAUUGAUUCAAGAUUCGCCAUUACAUAACACUAAGUCUUUAGAAACUCUCGUCUCUUACUGUGGAAAGAAAUCGAGAAACUCCGCUUUACAGAGUUUAAACGCUUUGAAGGAUUUGUUUUUGAAUGGUCUUUUACCUAACAGGAAAUUAAGAUACUUUAAAAACCAACCAGGAUUAUCCAUGUUGCUAAAUAAGAGGACUCUAGCUCUCUUCUAUUUCGAAGAUUAUCUAAAGAAGCUGUUCUUCCGUGUUUUAGAGGUUUUAGAAGUGCUUUCCCAUGAUCCAAUCAUUCAUGUUAGAUUACAAGUAUUGAACCAUGUUUUCGACUUACUGACCAACCAACCCGAACAAGAAUUUAAUUUACUAAGAUUAGGAGUGAAUAAGAUUGGUGACAUUGAUUCCAAGGUCUCUUCAAAGGCUUCGUAUUUAUUAUUAAAGCUGGAACAAGCCCAUCCAAACAUGAAAUCUAUCGUCAUCGAUUCUAUUGUUGAUAUCGCAUUGAGACCAAAUGCUGACUAUCAUACCACUUACUAUUCUGUUGUUACUCUAAAUCAAACGAUCUUGAAACGAUCGGAAGAUUUCGUUGCUAAUAAAUUGGUGAAAACAUACUUCACGUUAUUUGAAAAGUUUUUAAUCAACACUGAUAAAGAUCAUAUUAAUGGUGCUGUGAAGAGUAAUUCAAAGUUAUAUGAAGAAAAAAGAAAGAAAAAUUUCAAAAAGGGUAAACAUGGUGGUAGGUCUGUAAAAAACGAAAAAACGGAGAAUGAAGUUUUAGAUGAAAAGAACUCAAAACUAUUUAGUGCUUUAUUAACAGGUAUUAAUCGUGCAUUUCCUUUUGCUCAAAUUCCAGCCUCAGUUUAUGAAGUACAUAUGGAAACCCUUUUUAAAAUUACACAUUCUUCCAAUUUCAAUACCUCAAUUCAAGCAUUAGUUUUAAUUAAUCAAGUCACUGUCAAAGCAAAAUUAAACAGUGAUCGAUAUUAUAGAACAUUAUAUGAAAGUUUGUUUGAUCCGAGGUUGGUAAAUUCCUCCAAACAGGGUAUUUAUUUGAAUUUACUUUACAAAUCAUUAAAACAAGAUGCACUAAAUGUAGAGCGAGUAGAGGCUUUUGUCAAGAGAAUUCUUCAAGUUUGUUCUCAUUGGUUGAACGUUGGUACUAUUACUGGCUUCUUUUACCUAUUGAUCCAAUUGGCUAAGACAAUACCACAAAUAAAAAACCUUCUAACUAAUACGCCAGUUGAUUACGAAUAUGAAUCUGAUGCAGAAGGGGAAAAAGCGGAUAAAAAGAUAAAGAGAAAGGAAUAUGAUGGCCGUAAGCGUGAUCCAAAAUUUGCCAACGCAGAAAAGUCUUCAUUAUGGGAAAUAAAUGACUUCAUCAAUCAUUUCCACCCUACUAUACAGACGUACGCAAGUGCUUAUGUUACAGGAGAAACAGAGCAUGUUGCUAAGCCAGACUUAGGUCUAUUUACUCUAUCGCAUUUCCUUGAUAGAUUUGUCUACAGAAGUGCUAAGCAGACGAACGUCACAAGAGGUGCAUCCAUUAUGCAACCUUUAUUUAGUGGCUCGAGGGUCAACGACUCUGUUUUAGUCAAAGCAUCUGAUGUUAUGCAUGAUCAGGAUCCCGUUAACACUGAAGACUGGCUAACUAAAAAAGUCGGAGAUAUCAAACCGGAGGAUAAAUUCUUUUAUCAGUAUUUCACCACCAAGAAGACUGCUGAUAGAAAAGGUAAGAAGUCUAAUGAGGAAUCCAAUUUUGAUAGUGAUGAUGAGAUGAAUGAGGAUGAAAUUUGGAGUGCUCUGGUUAAAUCGAGGCCCGAUGUAGAAGAUGAUAGUGAUGAUAGUGAACUUGACUUUGGUGAAGAUGAUUUCAGCGAAUCAAGUAGCGAAGACGAAGCUCAAAUUGAUGCACUUGACGAUGAAGAUGUUAAAGGUGAAGGCAGUCAAGAAAGCGAUGAAGAAGAGGCCCUCGAUGAAGAUAUUUUCUACAGUUUUGAUGGAGAACAAGAUAGUGAAGACAAGAAACGUUCUUUUGCUGAAAGUGGUGAAGAAGAGGACAAAGAAGAAGAACAAGAAGAAAAAGAUGGUGAUGAUGAGGACGGUACUGCAAAAAGAGCAAAGAAGAAGCAAAGAAAGAAUAUGCUCAAAAGUUUGCCAGUAUUUGCAUCUGCAGACGACUAUGCUCAAUAUUUAGAUCAAGAUUCAGACUAA